CUAGAUGAAGAGAUUACAUUUCCUCUUUAACACACCGUCAUAUUACACACAGAAUGGGUGUAAAAUGACAGAUGAUGAUGUUCGCCGUUAGUAGCAAAAGCCGGACUAUAUAUAUGGUUAAUCCACGGAUUAUUUAUUUCACCGCUUUUCUAUUCUACCGUCUUUCCUGCUUUUCCGUAGAAAACAUCGAAUAGCUGCGCCGCAUUUAUAGCUCCGCCCUCGAUCACUGCAGUUCCUCUGAAAUACUACGGACUACUCCUUUGCACGACACAGUCUGCAACAUAUGAUAACUGGAAACCGUCUUCCUCAUCGCACACUUGAGCGCAUAUUUGCAUCUUAUCGGGGUUUAUGAAUAUGACAGUUAACAUGGAUUAACAGACAGAUCAGAUCCUGACUGCAGGGCGACUCGUUCAGACGCUGCUUCCACAUUAAGCCUAAAAUGUAUCAGACGUUACGGACGCUUUUUCUAUCAAAUGCCCGGUGCUGGGAUGCCCGCAGUGAGAGGUCAUAUCAGGACCUGUUUGAGAGACUCGAUACCAAUAAAGAUGGGAAGGUGGACGUAGCAGAAUUGCGGGCGGGCCUCAAGGCGAUGGGCAUUUUCCGCCAGGGUGAUGCACAGAAAAUUGUGUCGUCUGGUGACCAAAACAAAGAUGGGAGUCUCGACUUCGGGGAGUUCACCAAAUAUCUGAAAGAGCACGAGAAGAAACUGAGGCUGACAUUUAAGAGUCUGGACAGGAAUAACGAUGGACGCAUUGAUGCCUCAGAGAUCCAGCAGUCCCUUGCAGAGCUGGGCAUGCAUAUCAGCAGUGAGGAUGCUCGGAAAAUCUUACAGAGUAUGGACAUUGAUGGCACCAUGAUGGUGGACUGGAACGAGUGGAGAGAACACUUCCUGUUGUGCCCUGCUCAUAACCUGGAAGAGAUCAUACGCCACUGGAAACACUCCACGGUGCUGGACAUAGGCGACAGUCUUGCCAUCCCAGAUGAAUUCACAGAAGAGGAGAAGAGCUCAGGUGGCUGGUGGAAGCAGCUUGCUGCAGGUGCGGUGGCGGGGGCUGUCUCUCGCACCGGUACUGCUCCUCUGGACAGAAUGAAAGUCUUCAUGCAGGUUCACUCCUCUAAGAGCAACAAAAUAAGUCUGGCAGGGGGCUUCAAGCAGAUGAUCCGUGAGGGAGGUAUAACUUCACUCUGGAGGGGAAAUGGAAUCAAUGUUUUAAAGAUCGCACCUGAGACAGCAAUCAAAUUCAUGUCAUAUGAGCAAUAUAAGAAGUUGUUAUCAUCAGAGGGCAAAAAGAUUGAGACACACAAGAGGUUCCUGGCCGGCUCUCUGGCUGGGGCCACAGCACAGACAGCCAUCUACCCAAUGGAGGUUUUGAAGACAAGACUGACACUGAGGAAAACUGGCCAGUAUUCAGGAAUGUUUGAUUGUGCCAAAACGAUCCUGAAGAAGGAGGGCGUCAAGGCUUUCUACAAAGGCUACAUUCCAAACUUACUGGGCAUCAUUCCCUACGCCGGGAUAGAUCUCGCUGUUUAUGAGACUCUGAAGAAUACGUGGUUGUCGUACCACCCCAAAGACUCAGCUAACCCGGGAGUCCUGGUGUUGCUGGGCUGCGGGACCAUCUCUAGUACCUGCGGACAGCUGGCCAGUUAUCCACUCGCACUUGUACGCACACGGAUGCAGGCACAAGCGUCCCUAGAUGCAUCAGACCAGCCCUCUAUGAGUUCUCUGAUGAAGAGGAUUGUAGCCAAAGACGGUUUUUUUGGACUCUACCGGGGCAUCCUGCCAAAUUUCAUGAAAGUCAUUCCUGCUGUCAGCAUUAGCUAUGUGGUUUACGAGUACAUGAAGACUGGCUUGGGAAUUUCUAAAUGAUACCACAAGCCAAUGAGAAAGAACGUGUACUGUAUUUGUCAGACUUGACAUUUUCUGCCUGAAACGAUUCCAAGAGAAUAGACAGACAUACAUCAAACAUACAGGGCAUGACUUCCACCAGCUUGCACAGGAAUUCAGCAGGUGGAAAACUGUAUGUAUCCCACUAAGGGUGGUCUGUCAGUAGCUAAAACAUUAAUCACUUGUGGUAAGCAUGCUUUAAUUGUCAUCCUACUGUAAAAAAAAAACACACUCCCCACAUUUAUACACUGUCCCAAAGAAUACUUGACACAAAGACAAUACAAACAUAUAAGUGAGAAAGCAUAAAACAUAAUGGGUCAUAUAAUUGAUCCUACAGUUAUUACUUAAAACUCAAAAAAGUAGCUCAUUGGAGCAUACUGUUGCUCAUGUGCUUUUUGUUAACAAAGGAAAUAUCUUAACAGCUUAUCCCACAGAGACACAGUAAAGGUCUUUGUUAAACCCUGAAAGAAAAAAACAAAACAACAACACUAUGCCAGUUAAAUUGUGAGGUAAUUUAACACUUUUCAAAGUUGUGAACACCUGCCCUACAGUGAAAUCAGCUCUAUGUUUGGACAAACAGCGCUUCUAUCACCAGCUGUCCACCAAAAAUAACUGUCCCUGAAAAAUCAAUAUGUGUGAACACUGGAAUACUGUCUAUAUGAAGACACACUUGUCUUGUGCAAUGUGAAAAAUCACUCUGUUUCAUUUUAGAAUCAUUUAAAUGUGCCUUACUGCCACUCAGUGCAAGCCAUAUGUAACAUAAGCAGCUGUGUGUGUUUUUUUACUAUAUAUAUAUACUGUAUUUAUGUACUAUGUAUAUAUAUAUAUAUAUAUAUAUUAUCUGUUUGCAGGUAUCAUUAUUUAUGGGUUUUAAUGAUGGAUACCACUUCAUAACCAGAUAACAUUUUUAAGAAAAUAGUAAUAACUUGUCAUCUGACUGAAAUACCUGCAAGUAACUUGUUUUUGUAUGGUCCCAGUUCUCAUUUCAACACAUCCAGACCCCCCACCCUAAACACACACAACAGGAUCCUGUUACAUUUUACAUUUUGUUACUUGUUCUUUCACACAGCCCGGUGGUGGAGAUGUUUUGCUUUUAUCUACCAUGGACAAUCAGGUUUUUAUCAUUGUUAUAAGUUACAUCUAUGUGAAUUUUAAGAAACUUAAACUUUUGUCAAUUUAAGAGUUGUUAACUUGAACAUGUGGAAAAACUUAACAUGCUCUUUGUUGGAGGGUUUACUUGAGAGCAAUGGUUCAGAGGUGUUGAGUUCAGUCCUUCAGAGCUGGAAUUACUGGUUUGAGCAGCUCUUGAGAUGUGUUAAUGGCUCCACUUAGUGGUCAAUUAAAAUACAAAACACAUUGACAUUUUGCAGAAUUGAAGUUUGAUUUACUAGUGUGUGUCAGUUGAAUAAAUCAACCAGAUUAUAAAAGUA